ACAAGCGGUCGAACUGGUUACUGCAUCUUAAUGAAAAUGAUUUUUUUUUUUUCCCUGAGCAUUUCUAUGUAUAUAAACAGCCCUUCCUCCCAAACCUGGUUAGACAAGAAUGUUCCUGGGUGUGGACCGCCUUGUAUAAUUAACUGCACAGCUGUGGCUUCUGAUCCUUGGUAACGUCUGUUCCUUUCUUUCCUGCUUUCCCCCUGCCUCUACCUAGCAUUAUCCAGAGCUCAUCUCCUCCUCCUCGCAAGAGCUCCAGGUGCGUCACUUAGGCAGCAGCUGCCCCACAUUCCCCCGUCAUUCCUCACUGGGACGGCCAGCAGGCAGGCACACGGCCACAGCUGCUUCCAGGGGUCGGGGGACAGCACGGGGGGACAGGACAGAGCAGAGGAGCCAAGAAACCAACCUGCCCCGGUUAGAGAAUGGAAACAGGGAGCGCAGCAAGGACAAAUGGCACUGCUGGGAAGCCAGAGGAUGUGAAGAGUCCAUCCGCCCCCAAAAAGGAUGAAGAAGUGAAGAAGACGACGAAUCCUGGCGGAGGCGAGAAAGAGCCAAUAAAGGGCACUGGAGGUACCUCCCUGGAGACCGGACAAAUCAAGAGCUCCCUCUUCUCUGGGAGUGACUGGAAGAGGCCCAUCAUUCAGUUUGUGGAGUCGUCCGAUGAGAAGAGAUCGACCUACUUCAGCAUGGACUCAGCAGACUCCAAGAAGAUGCCAUUUGCCAGCGGACAGAUAGGAGACAUGAGGAGAACUCCGCUCUCCUUUGCAGACAAGGGCGACCUCAGGAAGUCCCUCUUCUCCUUGGAUUCCAAAAAGAGCUUCUUGCCUAAUGAAGGGGAAGGGAGGAAGCCCUUGUUCUCCAGCGGGCAGAUAGGGGACAUGAAGAAACCAUCCCUGCCUCUGGUAGAGACGGGAGACCUGAGAAGACCCACCUUCAACAAAGUGCCUGACAGAGCAGCUGGCUCCCGGCCCAGGGUGAAGCUGGAGGAUGUGCUGUGCGAUUCCUGCAUUGAUAACAAGCAGAAGGCCGUCAAGUCGUGUUUGGUGUGCCAGGCUUCCUUCUGCGAGCUGCACCUCAAACCCCACCUGGAGGGAGCAGCUUUCCGGGACCAUCAGCUCCUCGACCCCAUCAGGGACUUCGAAGCAAGAAAAUGCCCUGUGCAUGGGAAGACCAUGGAGCUGUUCUGUCAGACAGACCAGAUGUGCAUCUGCUACCUCUGCAUGUUCCAGGAGCACAAGAACCACAGCACGGUGACGGUGGAGAUCGAGAAAGCAGGAAAAGAGGCUGAACUCUCGCUGCAGAAGGAGCAACUGCAGCUGAAGAUCAUCGAGGUGGAAGAUGAAGUGGAUAAGUGGCAGAAGGAGAGGGACCGUAUCAAGAACUACACCACCAAUGAAAAAGCGACAGUAGACCAGCAUUUCAAGGAGCUGAUCCGGGACCUGGAGAGGCAGAGGGAUGAAGUGAAGGCUGCCCUGGAUCAGAGGGAAAAGAUUGCCUCGGAGAACGUGAAAGAGAUUGUGGAUGAGCUGGAAGAGAGGGCAAAGCUGCUGCGGGAGGACAAGGAGAACAGGGAGCAGAUCCAUCAGAUCAGUGACUCCGUGCUCUUCCUCCAGGAGUUUGGGGCUUUGAUGCGGAAUUAUGUCCCUCCUCCCUCCCUCCCGACGUACAGCGUGCUGCUCGAAGGGGAGAGCAUGAGCCCCUCCAUGGGGCUGCUCCGUGAUGACCUCCUCAACGUCUGCAUGAGGCACGUGGAGAAAAUCUGCAAGGCAGACCUUGGCCGCAACUUCAUUGAGAGGAACCACAUUGAGAAUGGUGACCACCGAUACAUGAUGAACAACUAUGAGUGGAACCAGCCCGACAACUUGAAGAGAUUUUCCAUGUUCCUGUCUCCCAAAGCCAGUUUCAACCCACGGUCAUGGGAAUUUUCCUCCUUCCAAGCGACUGAGGAAACACUUGGUACGGUAGGCAAUGGCACUAAGCUGCCUUUUCAGUUCUCCUCGGUGGGACAGAAUCCGCCCGGUGACUUCAGCAAACAGUCUGAUGGGAGCCUCUUCACUAAGACCGCUUAUCCCUCAAUAGUGAGACAUCAGUCUGCAAAAGUGACGCCACAGACAUGGAAAUCCUCCAAGCAAUCUGUAUUGUCACAUUACCGCCCCUUUUACGUCAACAAAGGCAAUGGAGCCACUUCCAACGAGGCACCUUGAUUCCUGAAGAUGUAGGGAAGAGCUGGCAGCACUUGGAGUGAAGACUCAGCUGCGGAUUUUCAUGGAUGUACCUGCUACUAUAUUAACCUUGCUGCUCUAAUCUCUGCCAGGGAGAGGGAAGGUGCAGAAGGGAAUCGCCUUUUCUAGAGGAAACACGGAUUUUUUCCAAGUCCACUUGCAAGCUCUG